AUGAAGACAACCACUUUAGCUGCUGCAGCCUGUCCGGUGCUUCUGGGGACAGGGGCUGCUGCGUACACUUUACAAUGGGAUGUUAACUCCAGCAACUUUCUAGACUACUUCGUCUUCGAUACGGAAACAGAUCCAACCGCGGGAUUUGUCAAUUACGUUGACCAGAGCACUGCAUCCAGUGACGGUCUCUACAGCACAAGCAACAGUCAGAUCUACCUAGGAGUCGACAGUACCACUGUCCUGGACUCAUCCUCAACGGGUCGUAAUUCCGUCCGUGUAUACAGUCAAGAUACCUUCAGCAAUGGUAUUCUGAUCACAGACUUUGCACACCUGCCUGUUUCCGUUUGCGGUAUCUGGCCUGCAUACUGGACAAUCAACAACCAAGCAAAUCCCUACGGCGAGAUUGAUAUCAUGGAGGCCUACGAUGAUGUUGCCGGUGCCUACGUUUCUCUGCACACCGGCAACACAUGCACUCUCUCAACCACUGACUUCACUGGAACGGAUAUUCGUACCGACUGCACUCUCUCCAACGGUGGUGGCUGCGGAGUCCAAAGCACGUCGAGCCAGUUCGGAGCCGGGUUCAAUUCUGCCGGUGGUGGUGUCUGGGUCCUCUCUCUUGAAGACUCACUGCAGCUGUGGGUAUUCCCACGCGACGAGAUUCCAGCGGACAUCACCAAUGGCAACCCUGAACCUUCCGGCUGGGGCACUCCGUUGUUUGAAUUCGACUCCAACAAUGGAUGUGAUGUUGCUAGCAACUUCAUUGAUCAGACUGUGAUCUUCAAUCUUGAUUUCUGUGGCGCAAAUGGCGCUGGUGGUCAGGAAUGGUCCGAUUGGACCGAUUGUGCUACCACAACAGGUCAAUCGACUUGCAAUGCUUAUGUUGCUGCUAACCCAUCGGCUUACUCGGAGACCUACUUCUCGAUCAACUCCAUCAAGUUAUACCAGUGA